CUGUAAUGGGAAAUAGAAAGUGGACGAACUCCAGGAUACAAAUAUAGACAUAGUGCAGUGUGACAUAGAGAAGUCGUCUACAGUUAUUGUGUACGGUAUAUGAGAUCUGUGCGUGGCUCUUUAACAAAGCGCAUUCUACAUAGGGACAGAAUAAAAGAGUUGAAAAUGUGAUUUUUACAUCAACUUCCAUUAAUAAAUAAAGAAGUUUCAUCAAUAUAUAUUUUGCAUCUGUUUUAUUCGUCAACUUCUGAUUCAAAGCUCAAAUACAGUUUCCACAUUCUCAACAAAGAAAAACUAUCUUUUUUUUAUAUUUUGUGUAAAUCUAAGAAUUCUUUAUAUCAAACAAUCGUAGGAAGAUUGCAAAUGGAGUCAAUUGACAAAAGCUUUAAAGACAAUGCAUUAAACGUUGAUUCCUAUAAAGACACGACACCUCAAAAUCAAGCUCCAGAUAUUGUACUCAGCGCAGGGGACACAUUACCUUCUGACCCAAUGACUGACAAAAAAGACGAGGAUAAAGAUACCUCGCUCCCAGAACUCAGCAAGAAUGAGACUAUGGAUCAAAACACUAACAGUCCAUCUUCUUCCCAGCUGCAGAUCGCAUCAUCUAGUAAAGACGACAAUAAGACAGAAGAGGAGUAUGAGGAAGACGAUACUGAAAAUUACUUUGAUGAUUUGUUCCCGGAAGUGAAAUUGCCAUCUGCACCAGUUCAAGAAAUUCCCACAUUCCGAAAAAGUGACGCUUCAUCCUCUUUUUAUAUGUACAUGCUGGCUGCCUUUAGUCCUGAAAACAUAGAGCGACAUCUGUUGGCUGGGUUUGACAUUAACGAAGCUGAUAGAUUUGGUGCAACUGCAAUAAUGUACGCAAAGCUUUACGAUGACCAAAAGGCCGAAGAAACACUCUUAAAUAAAGGAGCACAGAAAACACAAGAAAGAAUCGUCAUUGAUGACCAAUUCAUGUUCCUUCAAAUUUAUAAUGCAGCGACUAACCCCAUGGAAUCAUUUCUAUUGGAGAAAGUUCUUCAGGUUCUUGGUUGUUCUUUGGAAUUGCGCAACGAAGCAGGGGAAACAGUUCUGCUUGCCGCAGUGAGAGAUUCAAACAAGAACGCCAUUCUAAAUUUAUUGGAUGCUGGAGCCCUUAUAGAUGACCAGGUUAUACAGGAAGCAAAAACUAACGAAUGGAUUCUAGAAACACUUCAAAGGAAAAAAAAGCCACGGUUAACUGCAGCUCCGACAUUUGAGAAAUUGAUUUCGGGGUCUUCUGUUGUUCCUGCUUGUUAUGCAUCAUCUGCACCAUUAGAUUCUUGUGCUGAACCCAACAAAGAGUUACAUACGAACAAAGUUUGCCCAAGCAAUGUUGGUAAUGAUCAAACAGAAUGUAACGAGCAGAAACCCAAAGCAAACAGUGUCUCUACUAUAGGCCAAAGUACAGUCCAGAGCAUUGAAAAUACAUCACAGGAGAGUUUAACAGAAAGAAUCAACUAUGAACAUGAUAGUGUGGAUAUAAAUGAAAAUGGCCGUGAGUUUGUACUGAGAGACGUGCAUAAUACAGAGCUUGAUAACAGAUUAGAAGAAGGAUCAGAGUCUUUGAAAUCUAUUGAUUGUGAAACGGAAUCAACAGCAGAACUGAGUAUAACAACAAGACAAGACGACACUGAAUUAGAAGCGUGUCCUUUGUCCAAAUCUGUUACUGAUAACAACUAUAAUUUAGAUCAUAUCGCUGAAGAAAGUCAUAGUAGAAUAGAGAUCAUGCAAACAACCAAUGGGAUUGAAUUGACAACUCGGCAAAGUGAUUCUCAAGAACGUGAAAAGUGUGCACUGGCACAAAAUGAAUGUGAAAACAAGGAGACAGAUCACAAAGUGAUGCAAGCCACUCCAACAGAAGCGGAAUCAGGAUUUUUCUCAAUGCAAACAUAAACAAUAUUUUCAAGUAUAGUAUAUAAGUGUUACUAAUAUUGUGAUAGAGACUUGUAUUUUGUUUUUUUAGCGGCCCUCGAAAGGGGAAAAGACGCUAUUAGUUUUGUGUGAAAUGUCUGUCAGUCCGUCCCGUUUAGAUCUCGUAAACUAGAAAAGAUAUUGAAAAUCCGACAUCACAAUAUUUUAGACCAUUCAAAGUUCUGAAGUAACGGCUACUUUUUUCUUUUCCUGAAAGCGAAAAAUCUCAUUUUUUAAAUCAGUUAUGCAAGCAGUUUUUUAAAGAGAAAAGGCUAAUUAGAAUACAUUAUAAGUUAGACCUAAUUUAAAACGAAUAGUAAUUGUAUAAACUUCAUUUUCUUGGCCAUUUUAAUUCAGUAACAAUGUACUUAUACUUAUUUUGAGGAUUAGAAUACUCGAUGCCCAUGAUGAAAAUCAUGAAUUGUGCUUUUGAAACUAUACCUUCACAAAAUUUAGUUUUAUUAAAUAUUCUUUGUAUUAUUAUUGAUAUAAAAUAAUAUAUUAUGUCUUUUCUUUUGAAUAAAUUUUAUUUAAAAAAAAAAAAAAAAAAAAAGGCCCAAAAAAGAGGCUAAAGCCCAGAAAGGAGGUGAAUGAAACACCCAAAAAAGAGGCAAAGAAAAGAGGCAAAAGCCCAAGGAUUCCUAGAAUGUAAACAGCUCGACAACUGAAGUCAAAAAGUAAAAAAGCUGAGGUAUCCUAAAAAAAAAAAAGAGAUUGAGCCUUUUCAGAACAAUAACAUAAUUUAUAAGACUUCAGUUAGGCCAGGAGAGGCGAGGUAGCCGAGCGGUAAAGCGCUUGGCUUCCGAACCGAGGGUCCCGGGUUCGAAUCCUUGUGAAGACUGGGAUUUUGAACUUCGGAAUCCUCGGGUGCCUCUGAGUCUACCCAGCUCUAAUGGGUACCUGACAUUAGUAAAAGUAAAGGCGGUUGGUCGUUGUGCUGGCCACAUAACACCCUUGUUAACCGUAGGCCACAAAAACAGAUGAACAUCAUCUGCCCUAUAGACCACAAGAUCUGAAAGGGCAACCAGUUAGGCCAGGUUCACAUCUAACCUUGCAUUCACUAGCACCUAUCCUUUGAUCUGCUGGACCGUUGGGGCACUACACAAGAUCUGUCAACAUUCUUUCUCCAUUCUUAUCUCUCAUUUGUCUUUGAUAUAAUUUCAUUUGGAUGUUCUUUCUGAAAAUAUCGAAGCCUGCCUUUGUGGACCACUUCGGGGGCCGAUUUUAAUUUGUGUUUCCACACAAACUGUCUUUGUAACCUUGUUUUUUAAUGUGGAGGAACGGAAUAAAGAUCAUGCUUUUUUAUCAAGCUAUAAAUAAUCAUUACUUUAGCAAAUAAAUACUUUUUACAAAGUUAUAUCAACUCACUCUGUCUGUCUGUGUGGUAAAAGGUUUGUACACUUUAUUUCUUCCACACCUAAUCUAGACUAGCUGAAAUUUUGCACAAUUAAUUCUUUCACCUCACAACACAAGAAACAAUAACAACAAAUAAACCAUUUUAUUAAUUAACUAUUAUAAUCAAUUAUUUUGUCUGGUAUCUGGAACAUGGGAAAGAAAUAAGGUUUGACAGAUGUGAUGGUAUAAGUUGAAUUAGCCCCAUUGAGGACCUUUGAACCCUUUAGUGAACAUAUUUUAUGCAUUUAAAAACGAUAAGCCUACGUAAACAUUCACAAGAUAUAACCUACUUUAAAUCCUACCCCUCUUUCAAUUGGUCUAGACAAGUGAUAAGAUCAUACACAUUGAGAUCGAUAAAAGCUAAGCAAAAAAAAAAUAGAGAGAUAUAGAAAACAGAAAGUGAAAGGGAAUGGAGUGGAAGUGGAAAAAGAGAGACAGAGGAAUGGAGGAAGCAAUAUAUAUAUAUAUAUAUAUAUAUAUAUAUAUAUAUAUAUAUAUAUAUAUAUAUAUAUAUAUUAUAUAUAUAUAUAUAUAUAUAUAUUAUAUAUAUAUAUAUAUAUAUAUAUAUAUAUAUAUAUAUAUAUAUAUAGAGAGAGAGAGAGAGAGAGAAAUGCACAGUUAGAAAGAAAGUAAAAAAAAAUAAAGAGUCCGACUGAAAAAAAAUAUUAAGAGAGGAAAAAUGGAUUGCGAAAUAGAGAAAGAUAGAGACCAUAAUUAUAUUGUAUUUAAUGGUAUUAAAUAUUUCUUGCACAUUUAAUAAAUAAAUAUUUGACUAAGUGAUACUGAAAAUAAACAGACGAUAUAAUUUUGUUAACAUAGUGUAAACAUUAUCUCCCUUACAUUUAUGUAUUGUUUUAGAAUUGGUGUAUUUGUAUGAAAUAAUCGUUUGCAUAAUUAGUUUUGUAAACUAAACGGUUUUAUAUAAGAAACAAAAGGUAGCCGUUGAACCUAAACUUUGCUAGGCACAACGCAUUGCCAAUUAAGAUUUUUCAUUUCCAUGAGAUUUGAGUGUGACAGACGGACAUUUUGCACAAACCUAAUAGCGGCUUUUACCCUUACGGGGGCCGCUAAAAAUGUGUUAUAAAUAAAUAAAUUUUAAAAUGUGUGGUGGGGGGGGGGUCUGUGGUAUUAAACAAUUAUCGAUAACCUUUCGUUUGGUUGGAUUGGAUGUGAUAUCUUUAGUCAAGUCAAUUGAAGUUUCUAAAAGUCUUUGAAGAGAUAAUGUUGUAAACAAAUAAUGAAGUCGCAGAAAACAAGAAUGUUGUAUCUAGUGAUUAAGACUAAUGCAACAUCUCAUAAAUGGAAUCAUUUGUUAUUGGUCAUUUGGGGCUAGUCUCUUAAUCAGUAACUACUUAUUGUUCACUGUCCUAUGUUUAACAUGUCAUUUUAUUUUAGUUUAUCUUUUUACAAUUAAGUAAACAUGUAGUUUAUGUUUAAUGUGGAUUUUGUUUAUCGCUGGAGUAUUAAUUUUAUUAAAUUGAAUUCCAAUUAAACGAUAGUAUUACACCUG